AUGAUAUUCCCAUUAACAGUACUUUGUUUUGGGUAUCUCGUCCAGGUACCAAGGGUUCAUUUUUUGAAUAAUAUAUUAGAACUGACUCGCAGGCGUUCUGUAAGUACGCUACUUGCAAUCAGUUUUCGCAUUUUUGGCAUUGAGGAGGCAACUUUUGUUAGUUCUUAUGCAUUUUCUUUGCAGGUGAAAGAAAGCAUGGAUCGAAUUGCAAAAGCGAAACACUGUACGGAACAGCUGAUGAAAAAUUUGAUUCUCGAGAUAAAUAGCUCGAAAUUGGCCUACAAUAUUUCGAUGGAGGAUGUCGCGCGCAAUGUUUUCUUGUCUUUCCUCGCCUUACGCGAUAAUUUUGCUGAUCUAAAACAGUUGGCAAAAAAUUGGCGCACGUUGUUCAUAAAUUAUUAUAAACCGAAGAAAAGUCAAAUUCAAGCGCUCUUGGCAAUCGAGGAUUAUCUGAAUGCUAAGCCGAGUUUCGAAUCGAAGGUAGCCAAAGUUGUGCAUUUAUUCUAUGAAGAGGAUAUAAUUGAUGAAAAUGCGAUUGUGGAAUGGUACGGAACAUUGAGUGAGCAUUCACCAGUGAAAGCAGCUGUCCGUCCAAUCGUCGACUGGCUGAAGGAAGCAUCCGAUGAUGAAUCUGGCGACGAUUAG